GGCUCCGAGACUACGUCAAUAUGAGGAUUCUUGCACUAACGGUGUGGGUGGUGCUGGCCGUCGCAGCAUCACUCGCUGUACCCAUCAAAGAUGACCACGCUCUGUCCAGGGAGAAGAGGUCUCCCGGGGGAUGGCACUCUCCUCCACCAGAAGGAGUUUGGAAGAAAAAACUCGUCUGGAAGGAGGAGUGGAAGCAGAUCUGGAAAACGGAAAAGAAGCUAGCCUGGAAAACUGAGUGGAAGAAAGAAAAAGUGCCCGCCUGGAAAACGGAACAAGUCCAGCAGUGGAAGGAAGAACAAGUCCCGGCAUGGAAAGUAGUGCAAAAGCCGAUCUGGAAGGAAGUACAAGUACCGAUAUGGAAGGAGGUGCAGGUGCCAGACUGGAAGAAGGUGUGGAAACCAGUGUGGAAGGAAAUCCAGGUCCCAAUCACUAAAACCAUACAGGUGCCCGAAUGGAAACAAAAUUACAUACCGGCUUGGGUGAAGGAAGGCGUUCCUGGAGAAAAGUACUUGGGUAAAGAUGACCACGGCUGGGAAUACACUAGCCACGACCUCUGGAGGAAGAAGAUGAUCUGGAAGCCAGUGUGGAAGAAGGUCUGGAGGACGGAGCACAAACAAGAGUGGGUAACAGAAAAGAAACUGGAAUGGAAAGAGGAGUGGAAACAAAUCUGGAGAACAGAGAAGAAACAAGCUUGGGUGACGGAGAAGAAGCAAGAGUGGGUUGAAGAGAAGGUACAAAUCUGGAAAACAGUUAAAAAGGAAGUUUGGGUACCUGUGCAGAAGAAAAUCUGGAUUGAAAAAUGGAAGCAAAUCCAAGUACCAGUAUGGAAGACCGUAGAAGUUCCCGCUUGGAAGAAGGUUUGGAAACCCGUCUGGCAGAAGGUCUGGGUGCCGAUCCACCACGAACACCAUGGAUGGGACUGAAUCUAGGUACGAUCAAAUACCAUUUGUACAUAAUUUUAAUGUAAUUGCAUAGUCAUUUGUUAACUAAUUGUUACCGUCGAUACCAAGUAUUUUGUUUGUAAAUAUGUUUUAAUACUCAGAGAGGCAUUAUUUUGGUGAGUACCUGGAACUCUAAGGCGUACGCGAAGGCGAAUGCUCUUUGGCUUGCAGCGAAUUUUAGAUAUUUUUAUUUUAAAAUGUUUCGCUAGCGGAUGCGAAAAACAUUUGGCUUUUCGUGCGCCUUGAGAAGUGGAUAUAAAGUGUUACAGUUACCAAAUAUGUGUACUUAAAAAUAAUAAUAGGUAUAAUUUUAUACCCACUUCUUACUGGACUUUUCAUCCUGGUCCGUUUUAUUAAGUAUUUUUUUUUCAAAAGUUUAAUUUUGAAAAUUUAAUUAUUGAUCCUUGUAUUAUAUUUAAUUUU